AUGGCACCUACCACAACCAGAGAUGCUGUUGAAGCACCCAAGAUUGAAAUUGGCUUGGCAAUCAUUUUGGGUAAGAACUAUUUCCAACAUGCGGAAGACAUUGGAGAAGGAAACGAUAGUGAAAUCGACGAGUUCAUGCUGGAAACAAGGCAAAGUGCCUUUCAUUGGAUUGUCAACCAGGAUCCAAUGCAGCUAGAGUUUGACGCCCCUAAUUUGGUGCAAAGGUUUCUUUUAGUUCUCUUCUAUUACCAAACAACAAGGCAUCAACAAUGGAAGGAGUGCAAUCCACCAGCAACUCCCCAAGGAAGCGCAUCAAUUAAGUUCUGCUAUAAACCAGACAUUGUAACUGGCGAAUCAACAUCGGACUCUGGGGUGAUCAGUGGCUCUCUGCCAGUCAUGAAUGCCAGUGGGCUGGGGGGGGAAUCAGCUCAAUGGACCUCUCCCACCAGAGAUCACUCGGUUGCCCACCUGAAUAGGCUAGAUUUGCAUGGCAACAUGCUAAGUGUAAUGCUUCCGCCAAAGCUGCUCUCUUUUUCGUUGGAGUCGCUCCACUGGGGCAAUAACCAACUCACGGGACCCUUCCCUGCUAGAUGGUUUGAAAGUCUCCAUGGAGGAACUACAAUCCCCUCUGAUGUGGGGAUGCCCCCCUUGAAGACACUUCGUCUCGGCAACAAUUCACUGACAGGGUCUCUGCCACUGGAAAUGUUCCAAUUGAGUGCUUUGGGUUUUCUUGCAUUUGAUCAAAAUGAUCUUACGGGCACCCUGCCAAGUGAAAUUGGGUUGCUAACGCACCUGUUCUAUAUCUCGUUGAAGCACACUGGCAUUGCAGGAACCUUACCCUCCGAGAUUGGUCUGGCAACCCAAUUGCUCGAAUUCGAUGCUUCCUACUCCAAUAUGGAAGGGAGAAUCCCAGAAGAAUUGUAUGCUAAACUCACAGACCUUGUUGCUUUUAUGGGAAAUGAUUGUAACUUUUCUGGGACUAUCAGCUCAUCCCUUGGUCGUUUGACGGGCCUGCAGUGGCUGGGCCUAGCCAAUAACAACUUUGAUGGCACAAUUCCCAAUGAGAUUGAGUCACUGACUGACCUGCGUCGAUUGGAGGUGAAUGGGAAUCAGUUCACUGGCACUGUGCCAGUGUCUGUCUGCAAAAAUCUUGCAUAUUUUACAGGUGAUGUUGCAGUUGUGGCUGACUGCUUGCCAAACCCCGGAACUGGAGUUCCCACAAUCGAAUGUGGUGAUGAUUGCUGCACCAGUUGUUGCGACAACACUGGGGUUUGCCUUGCCGAUUGA